ACAACAGGCAGCAGAGGAAGUCCUCUGCAGAAAAAUUGAGACCGUGUCAGUCCUGCAGACCGAGCAAUGGAGUUCUUCAGCACUCUGCUUUUGGCCAGCUUGGUGGUCUGUCUGUUGGUGUGUUUGAGCUGGAGAGGAAGUGGGAAGGGUGUGCGUCUGCCCCCCGGCCCAACUCCCCUGCCCCUGCUGGGGAACUUACUGCAGCUAAACAAACGGGAGCCAUUCAAGACUUUCAGUGAGCUCAGUGAGCAGUAUGGGUCGGUGCUGACCGUGUACCUUGGCCCUCAGAGGGUAGUGGUUUUGGCGGGAUAUGACACUGUGAAGGAGGCUCUUUUGGACCAGGCUGACGACUUCGCUGGCCGAGCUCCUCUUCCAUUCUUGCAGAAAGCUGUGCGAGGAUAUGGUCUAGCCAUAAGCAACGGGGAGCGGUGGCGUCAGCUAAGACGUUUCACACUGACCACACUCAGAGACUUUGGCAUGGGGCGCAAGAGGAUGGAGGAGUGGAUCAAAGAGGAGAGCAAACACCUGAUUGACAGCCUGAGCAGCACAAACUCUGCACCCUUUGACCCAAGGUACUUCCUGAGUCGAGCUGUAUCCAAUGUGAUAUGUGCACUGGUGUUUGGCCGUCGCUUCGAAUACGACGACGACAACUUCCUACGCCUACUCCAGAUAAUCUCUGAAACCCUGCGUUUUGGAAGUAGCCCCUGGGGUCAGCUAUAUAAUGUCUUCCCCCGGCUAAUGGACUAUUUGCCAGGGCGUCAGCAUCAUACCUUUGCCGAAGUGGACAAGCUAAGAGCUUUUGUCAAGGAGAGAAUCCGCAAACAUGAGGAGUCCCUAAGUCCUGACUGCCCCCGAGACUUCAUUGACUGCUUCCUCAUCAGACUCAAGCAGGAGAAGGACUGCCCCACAAGUGAAUUUAACUAUAACAACAUGGAGUCCACUGUUCUGAACCUGUACCUGGCUGGGACUGAGACAACUAGCACGACUCUCAGAUAUGCGCUUAUGCUGAUGAUUAAAUACCCAAACAUACAGGAACGUGUCCAGUUGGAGAUUGACUCAGUGAUUGGGCGAGAGCGUGGCCCAGCGAUGGAGGAUAGGAAGUCCCUCCCCUUCACAGAUGCAGUGAUCCAUGAGGUGCAGCGAUUCCUCGAUAUUGCGCCACUCAACAUCCCUCACUACGCCAUCCGAGAUAUCGUGUUCAGGGGCUACAGCAUUCCAAAGGGUACAGUGAUCCUCCCCAUGUUGCACUCUGUGCUAAGGGACAAGAAGCAGUGGGAUUCCCCCUGGUGCUUUAACCCAGCACACUUCCUGGAUGAGAAUGACAAUUUCAAGAAGAGUCCAGCAUUCAUGGUCUUCUCUGCAGGUAAACGGGCCUGCGUCGGCGAGUCUCUGGCGCGGAUGGAGCUCUUCCUCUUCCUGGUGUCUUUGCUGCAGCGUUUCACCUUCACCUGCCCCGGGGGCCCCGACAACCUAAACAUCACCCCCGAGCUCAGCAGCUUCGCCAGACUGCCCCGCAAAUACCAGCUCAUCGCCACCCCCCGCUAACUGUGUGCGGCAGAGCAGGACAUUAAAAAUGAGAAGCAGAUUCUCCACCACUGUGUGAACGCUGAUGUGACCAGUUAGAAUAUUGGUCACCACAUGUAAGUGGACCAAAGCAGUUUUCCAAGAGACAAACAGACAGACAGACAAAAUGUCACUUCUUUUGUUAUGAAUCAGAAUUCUGGUGUAUACCCGUGUGAUGGUUUUGUAACCACCUUUCUAAAAUGUAAGUGUAGGCUUGAGGUACCUGCACAACUAGGGAAGAUGUAUAGCAGUACAGACUGUCUAAGAACUAUCAGUGAAUCAGACUCUCUCAGGACUAUCUGACUCAACAAACAAAAUACAUCUCAUUUAUUCCACUCCUCAAAUAUACAGUACAGUGGUUAAAUAGGCAUUUGUUCACAAUCUGUCUCAUAAUCCACUAUCCAGUAUUACUGUCCAUAAUUGUAUUAACUGUACAUCUAUAUACAGUGAGCUAUAUCAUACCAAUCUUUCACAGAUUACUUUCUGAUGUUAACUGUACAGAGAGAAAAAACAAGCUAAUCUGUAUUCUGAAGUAAUGUGUCUUCAGAAGUGUAUUAAAGUCUUGAUGUGUGACAGCCAAGAAGUCUCUAGAAUUGAAGCAAAUGGGGGAAUCAGAAAUAAUGGGAUCCAAAGGAUAUUCUCUUGAUUGAUAUGUGUUUUAUAAAAUACUCUAUUCUUCAAAUAUAAAUAUGUGUCUCUGAUCUAAUUGGUUCAGCCAUUUCUUUCCCAUGUAAACAAACAGCAAUGUGCUAUCUCUACCUGUCCACACAUCUACAGUAUAUCACUGUUGAUUGCAAUGCCUUUAAUUGUACUUUGUCCUAAAUAAUUCUUUAAUUAUUGUGUGUUUUG